UUGGUUCUGCACGUGGGAAGCGCUGACCAGCAGGAGGUUGGGUAUGCAGAAGGAAUUGGGUGUGCUGUGAGGGUGGUCGUCUUCACGUGAUAAGGGGUUUGUGCAGACAGAACUGAUCAUCGUGCUGUCCGAGUUCGCCACGUUGUGAUCGGCUCUGCACGUGCGAUUGUGAUCGUGCAAUCCAAAUCGUGGAUCAAGGCUUCUGUGGCGACAUUCGUCUUUCCUUUUUUUCCAGUUUGUUUUUUCCAAAAGGGGACGUGACGCAGGAGUGCAGAUGACGAUCGACGACUUGGAAUGCGUUUUCUCCCUCUCUCUCUCUUUCUCCCUCUCUCUCCCUUUCUCCUUCUCUUGAAAGCCAGGAGGACUUUGGAUGGAUGGUUUUAUAUGUCCUUCGGUAAUUGGGGGGUAAUUGGGGGGGUAAUUGGGGGGUAAUUGAGGGGUAAUGGUUGAGAUGAGGGAGCCGUUGCUGAUGGAGGACGGGAUCCGAGGAAAACCUCCAAGUGGAAGUCCCUUGCUGCUGAGGACUCAGUCACCACCACCACCUCCUCCUCCUCCUCCUCCUCCUCCUUCUCCUUCUCCUGCUGCUGCUGCUGCUGCUGCUGCUGCUGCUGCUGCUGCUCCUUCUGGCCCUGCCGCUCCUUUGAAAAAUGACAAUUCUACUGCCGUCGAAUUGCACAACGGAUCAUCUUUUCCAUCACUCCUUGCGUUAUCUCCCAAGAAGAGGGCAGAGACAGUUCUUUCGGAAAUGAACGAUCUCACGCAGACGGUGGUGAACCUGAUCAGGACGUCUGGGCUUGGCCUGCAGCCAUCCGUUGGCUCUCCCAAGGGUGGAAAUUUCGGCACCAAGGUUACUGGGGAUGAUUCAGCGGCGAGAGGGGGGGAGGGGGACACAUCCCUCCCCCAAAAGAGAGGAGCUGGCGAGCUGUCAGACCUUGGUUCAGGUCUGGACCAAGGUUCCCACUUGGUCCCAAGAACCAAGGACAUCCUUCAGAAAAUGACCUCCUAUCAAGACUUGCUCGCAUCCACUCUGCAGGAGCUGGCAGAUGUGGAUGAGCCGUCGGAGGAGUGUUCCAAAGCCUUGAGUUCUCAAGCUGUACAGAAUCUCUCUGCUCUGAGGGACUUUGGACUUCUUCUGCGAGGAGUGGAGAGGGUCUUGGAAUCUACCCUGGAGGAGUUUGCGGCCUACAAGCGACCGAGUUUGAAGAGGCGGGGAGUCGAAUCGUCACAGGAGGACGCAAGGAUGGUGGUUGAAGGCCCGUCGAAGCAGGACCUGAUCGAUGUUCAGGACCUGAUCGCAUAUGCGCACAAAAUCAGUUACUCGACAUUUGCUCCACCAGAGUUCGCAAGUGGGCAGGCUCCUCUGCGGGGGUUUCAGCCACCUGCGCCGCAGGACGAACAUUUGCGGGCCUCACAACUUUAUCUUGUCAAAGAUGUGGACCUAGGAAUACCCCCGGAACCAAUUCUGAAGGACGAGGACGAGGACGAGGAGGAGGAGGAGGAGGAGGAAGAAGAGGAGGAGGAAGAGGACGAGGACGAUAUGGAAGGGGAGGAAGAGGCGGCUGCAGGGAAGCUUGUGACUCCUCUGGGUGCAGAAAAACCACCCCCGGAUAUAUUGCCCAACAUCCCGCCCAUCUUGCCACCAGGAAUUGGACCUGUUGUCCCGCCACCCGGCUGGCGGCCAGGCAUGCCUGUCGAACUCCCGAAAGACCUUUUGUCGGGCUUACCUGGACUACCAGGGUUACCAGGACUACCAGGACUACCAGGACUACCAGGGCUACCAGGGCUACCAGGGCUACCACCAGGUCUGGAGCUGCCACCCAUGCCACCUGGCUGGAAGCCCGGAGACCCAGUACCGAUCGAUCUGCCGGCCCCGCUUCCACCUGUUGUUCCCUCGGAGGUAGCGGUCACUGUGCCACGCCCGGCAGUGGCGAAGGAACCAGUUGCCACCGCUGCUCCCACACCGUCGACUGCUACACCAACCACGACACGACCUGCUUCAAGACUCACGCCUCCAACCGCUGCUCCAUCCUCAACAGCACCCCAGCAGCUGCAUCCACCAACUGCAACACCAGCAGCUCCACCGCCUCCUGUACUGCAGCCGCGCCCGCCAACGGCAACAGCAGCAGCUCAACUGCCACCUGCUCCACCAGCAAUGCCCACAACAGAGGCAGGGGUCACACAUGUUCCAUGGGUGGAGAUCGAUCUCAAUCCGGAAUUGUCAAAUUCAGCUUCGUCAGAGCCUUACAGCGAUGAGUUUGAGGAUGACGAUGAUGAUGACGAUUAAGAAGACUGCUUGCAAUGCAAGUAGC